AUGGCACCAAGAGCAUUCAUAUCAGUGUACAAGAAUUGUUGGAUAGAUAUAGGUUUCCCAUCAGUUGAUGUCAUAGCAGGUAUAGACCAAGCAAUUCAAGAUGGGGUGGAUAUUCUCCAAAUGUCAAUUGUGCCAAAACAUCCAUUGCCAGAUUCCUUCAGUAAGGAUGAUGUCGCUAUCGGCACAUACUCGGCAAUGCAAAAGGACAUCUUUCCUUGUGUAGCUGUAGGCAACAAUGGCCCGAGCCUAGAGACAUUGGGUUGUGCUGCUCCAUGGGAUAUGGUUGUCGGUGCAACCACAAUAGAUCGAAGAAUAAGAGUAACAGGCAAUGGGCAACAAUUCCAUGGAGAAAGUGCCUAUCAACCCAACAUAGUUACUAACAAGUUUCUUCCCCUUAUUUUUCCAGGUAGCAAUGGCCAAAUUGACCAAUUGAUUUGCCGGAACAACUCGCUAAAUGGCAUCAAUGUUAGGGGAAAGAUUGUUAUGUGCUAUGCAAUGGGACGUGGUACAGAAAACAUUGAAAAAGGGGAUGUCGUCAAGAAUGCUGGAGGUGUUGGCAUGAUCAUUAUGAACCUUUUACCUGAUGGAUUCAUAACAUAUUCUACCACUCACCAUCUUCCAGUAUCACGUGUGAGCUAUAUAGAUUCCCUUCAAAUUGAGGAUUAUAUUGCCACAAACUCUACACCAAUAGCAAAGAUCACCUUUGGUGGGGCCAUAUUCGGCACUCGCCCAGCUCUAGCAUUAGCAUACUUCUCAUCAAGAGGCCCAACAAAGUAUAAUGGGAACAUUGUGAAACCAGAUGUCAUCGCACCUGGAGUAAAUAUUCUAUCAGCAUGGACAGCGGAAGUUGGACCCUUUCCUUUGGUCUAA